AUGGCCAAGCCAAAGCUGGUGGUGUUUGACUUGGAUUCUGCAAAUCGGAAGCAAACUAAAACUCAACGGCGAAUCCCGAGGGAGGGUCGAUGGACCCGAGACGUCAACUCUGGCUUCCCUUUGCUGCCAGACCUGCGGAGCUUUUCCAGCGACUUCUGUUUACGUCUCUUCGCCCUCUUUUUCCGGCGGGUUGGAGCAGGUAAAUAUACAAAGUCCGUACCUGGGGAUUGCGCGGUGCUCCUAUCGGUUUGUAUCAGCCCCCGAGACACACCUCAGUCUGCUUUCUCUUGCACCCUCCCCAGCACCGGUGAAGUGGCAGGAGCCAAUCAGCUGCUGAAUCUCUUCAAGCUGGACUCCUACUUCAUCCAAAAAGAAAUAUACCCAGGGUCAAAGGUCACUCACUUCACAAGGAUCAACCAGGCUACCAGAACCCAGUUCUCAGAGAUGAUCUUCUUCGAUGACGAACCCCGGAACAUUGUGGAUGUCGGGAAAUUAGGUGUACUCUGCAUCCUGGUCCAGAAUGGGAUGACCCUGAAACUGCUGCAGGAGGGUCUGGCAAAGUUUGCACACGAUCAGGAGAGCCGCAGCUGAGACCUGCAUUGGAGCGAAGUGGUGGUGGGUGGGGUGGGGGUGGCUUGUUUAUACAAUACUUAUGAACCUGCACUGGAAUCCGAGCGACCCACGAGCUGUUCUGUUCGGUGCGUGUAAACCCUUUUAAAACUCGUCUCCUUCUGCUGAGCUUUUUGAAAGCUCGCUCGCUCUCUCUCUCUCGAACGCAAACUGUCCCGAGAUUGAGAAGAGAGCGGCAGACAGAGAGGAAAAAAAAGCAGCAGCAGCGUUGAAAUUUGGGGUUGAGACGACCAGUCAGGGAAACCUUCUGCUCCUCAGUGGCCUGUUACGGAAAUCGCUCUGCUCUGCAGAUUGACUUAAUCUGUCUGUCGUUCUCGAGCUCAGUGCGCGGUACCGUGAGGAUAUUCAGUGUGUUGGAGGGAGCUCGGAGAAGGGGCAGUGGACUGAUGCGUGCGAUGAGGGGUCACAGUUUAAAAAUGAGGGUGUGGCAUUUAAAACAGGCGAGAAACUGUUUCUCAGGGUGUUGACAUUCCUUGGCGUUCAGUUUCUGCAGAAGGCAACUGAUAUGUGACAAAAUAAAUAUUUCUAAGGGUC